CUUUCAACUCAAACCGUUCAUUCUUCAUUUCCUACUUUGUCUCUCUUUCAUCAAUCCUUUCUUUUUUUAUCUCUAGAUUAUAACUUAGAUUAUUCAUAAUUAAUUUAAUUAAUCAAUCAAUCUAUUUUCUCUCUUGUGAUUAUUAAUUAAUCACUUUUCCAAUUCCACGUCGUACGUAAACACCGUUAGAACCGGUCUAUCAUCAUCAUCAUCAUCUCAAUUCUCAUCUAUUCUUUCUAUUCCUUUUUCCCCCUUUCACUUUCUCUAGGGUUUUUCUUUUCAAAUUUCCCAAUUCAAUUUCAAUUCAUCUUCUUCAAUUUCACCAUCAAUCUCACAACGACGUCGUUUCAAGAUGAUGAUGCCACCAGGCCUCGUUUCCAAUCUCCAAGAAGCACUUCAAAAUAGAAAAGGAACCGUUCCAAAACAACCAGAACCAGAAGAUUCAAACGACACCGUUUCUACCACCACCGAAGAAGAUAACCCUAUCGAAUUCGAUGAAUCCAAACCAAUUAUCUUGCUUACAAAUAGCGAUGGAGUUGAAUCACCAGGUCUUACACACCUAGUUGAAGCUCUCGUUCUUCAAGGCCUUUACAAUGUUCACGUUUGUGUUCCUCAAUCGGAUAAAUCUGUUUCUGGUCAUUCUGUUACAAUUCGAGAAACUGUGGAAGCUAUUUCUACUAAACUUAAUGGUGUUAUUUCUGCAUUUGAGAUUUCAGGAACUCCGGUGGAUUGCGUUUCAUUGGCUUUAUCCGGGGCCUUGUUUUCGUGGUCAAAGCCUGUUUUGGUUAUUAGUGGGAUUAAUCGGGGAUCAAGCUGCGGCCAUCAUACGUUCUACUCGGGGGUUGUUGCUGGAGCUAGGGAGGCAUUACUAAGUGGUGUACCAUCAUUAUCAAUAUCAUUAGAUUGGAAGAAAGAUGAAAGUCAAGAAACUGAUUUCAAGAAUGCAGUUGAAGUCUGUUUACCGUUGAUAAAUGCAGCUAUCAGGGAUGUUGAAAAGGAAACCUUUCCCAAAAACUGCUUUCUAAAUAUAGAAAUUCCGAGGUCACCUUCGAGCAACAAGGGCUUCAAAUUGGCCAAGCAAAGUAUGUGGAGAUCCACUCCAAAUUGGUUAGCUGUUUCAAAUAGCCGAUAUCCAACUGGUCAUUUCUUGGCCAACCCACAAGCUGGCCUAGGUCUUCAGUUUGCACAGCUUGGCCGAGAUGCCUCUGCAGCUGGUGCGGCUCGUCGGUUGGCUACACAAAAAAAGAAUUUGGAGAUUAUUGAAUCAACUGGAGCUGCAGGAAAAUCUGAUACAAACAGAGUGAAGAAAUACUUCAGACUAGAGUUUUUGGAAAAGCAGCAAGAAGAAACAGACGAUGAAGAUCUGGAUUACAGAGCACUGGAAAGUGGAUAUGUUGCAGUGACUCCGGUAUCUAUUUCUCCUCAUAUUGAGACCGAUAUUCAAACGGCAACUUCUGAUUGGAUUUCUACUGUGACUCCCGGAGGACAGUAAAUUAAAGAUUAAAGAUUCAGUGUGAUUGUGUUAUGUGUACAUCAGAGAUUUAUGAUAAUUCUUUCUUUUCAUUUUUCUUCCUUAAAGCAAAGAUGGAGCAGAAGUGGUAGUCACUCACACCAAUUCAAUAGUUGAUUUCUAUUUGUACUCUUUAUUUUUACAUUUUUUUUGGUUUCCUUCUUCAUUGUUUCAGUUCCUUUGGCCACUUAGUUAUUUCUGAUUUGAAGCAAAAGCUUCUUGUAAUUUCUUGGGCAUGUUUUAGAAAAAUGCCAUCUGGUCUGUUUGUAAUAUCUAUUACUAGCCAAACACUGCAACAGCUUGUAACAUUUUGUUCAUUUCUUUCAGAUAGUUAAACUUUGGUUUGAUGAUUGAUUUAUUGCAAUGUGCUCUUAAUUUAUUCAA